UGCUAGCUUUGGGGACUGCAAGACUUCCCCCUCUCUGCUUAAUUACCCCACUUGCCUUGCCCCAUAACCCCAUAAACACAUGCUCUUCCUAUUUCCUUUGCCUCCUUCAUCAUCACUUGUUCCAAGGCUCUCUCCUCUUCUCUCUUCCUUGCCCUUUCGGUUUUGUUGAUACCCAAAGAUGAUCUCCAUUACAGAUUUCUACCAUGUCAUGACUGCCAUGGUUCCACUUUACGUGGCCAUGGUUUUAGCUUAUGGCUCGGUGAAAUGGUGGAAGAUUUUCACUCCUGAUCAGUGUUCAGGCAUCAACCGUUUUGUUGCUCUCUUUGCUGUCCCUCUCCUUUCUUUUCACUUCAUCGCUUCUAAUGACCCUUAUUCUAUGAACUUUCGUUUCAUAGCUGCUGAUACACUUCAAAAACUUAUAGUUCUUGCAGUACUUGCUGUUUGGACCAAGGUCAGUAAAAGAGGUUGUUUGGAAUGGACCAUUACCCUUUUUUCACUUUCUACUCUUCCAAACACUUUGGUUAUGGGUAUUCCUUUACUUAAAGGAAUGUAUGGGGAUUUUUCAGGGAGUUUAAUGGUGCAAAUAGUUGUUCUUCAAUGUAUUAUUUGGUACACUUUGAUGCUUUUCUUGUUUGAAUAUAGAGCGGCUAAAAUGCUUAUCUCUGAGCAAUUUCCCGGCACAGCAGGCUCUAUUGUUUCUAUCCAUGUUGAUUCAGAUGUCGUGUCGCUUGAUGGUCGACAACCUAUUGAAACCGAAGCUGAGAUUAAAGAAGAUGGUAAGCUUCAUGUUACUGUCAGAAAAUCCAAUGCUUCAAGAUCAGAUAUUUUCUCAAGAAGGUCCCAUGGUUUUACAUCUACAACUCCACGUCCUUCGAAUCUAACCAAUGCUGAGAUAUACUCUUUGCAAUCAUCGAGGAACCCAACACCAAGAGGCUCGAGCUUUAACCACACUGAUUUUUAUUCCAUGAUGGCUGGGGGACGCAAUUCAAAUUUCGGUUCUGCAGAUGUUUAUGGUUUGUCUGCUUCGCGUGGACCCACUCCGAGACCAUCCAACUAUGAAGAGGAUGGUGCAGCCGCUGGUAAACCGAGGUUCCAUUACCAAGCACCAGGCGGUGGUGGCGGUGGUGGCGGUGCAACCCAUUAUCCGGUUCCUAAUCCUGGUAUGUUUUCGCCGACUGGUUCUAAACCCCUCGGUGGUGGUAAUGCAAAUGCAAAUGCAAAGAGGCCUAAUGGUCAUCCCCAACAAAAGUCUGAAGAUGGUGGUAGGGAUCUUCCAGUGUUUGUUUGGAGUUCUAGCGCUUCUCCUGUUUCCGAUGUCUUUGGCGGCACCGGCCAUGAUUACGGCGCUGCCGACCAGAAAGAUGUUAGAUUGGCUGUCUCCCCAGGGAAAGUUGAAGGGCAUAGAGAGAACCGUGAAGAGUACAUGGAAAGAGAAGACUUGAGCUUCGCUAAAGGAGGAAUGAACGGAGAAAUGAACAAACACGAAGGUGACAAGUUGGGGGAUGGCAAUGGCAAGCCCAAUACAAUGCCUCCGACAAGUGUAAUGACAAGGCUGAUACUGAUCAUGGUCUGGAGAAAGCUUAUAAGGAAUCCCAACACCUAUUCAAGCUUGAUAGGUCUCACUUGGUCUUUAAUCUCGUUCAGGUGGAAUGUAGAAAUGCCAGCGAUUAUAGCAAAGUCCAUUUCAAUUCUGUCAGAUGCAGGACUUGGCAUGGCCAUGUUCAGUCUCGGUCUGUUCAUGGCAUUGCAACCAAGGAUCAUAGCAUGUGGGAAUUCGGUUGCAGCUUUUGCAAUGGCCGUGAGAUUCCUUACAGGUCCAGCUGUCAUGGCAGCCGCUUCCAUUGCUGUUGGUCUCCGUGGCGUUCUCUUACGGGUUGCCAUUGUCCAGGCAGCUCUUCCUCAAGGAAUAGUACCCUUUGUCUUUGCAAAGGAAUACAGCCUGCACCCUGAUAUUCUCAGCACAGCUGUAAUCUUUGGGAUGCUAAUAGCUUUGCCCAUAACACUUGUCUACUAUAUAUUAUUGGGGAUAUAAAGCGGCAAAUGCACAAUACUCUUUUGAGGUUCCACAUUCAAAGGCCAAAGAAAUCCUGGACCGACACAUCAUGACUGCAUUCAUGAUUAAUGUCUCUCUCCUUUACUUUUAAUCCUUAGUUAAAUUUGUAAAAUCUUUAUUUGUAGUCAAAUUAUAGGGGGAGCUGUUUUUUGUUUUGUUUUUUUCUUUUUCUAGCUAAUUAUCUUCUUAUUCCAAACAAUUUUAUUCCUUGUCAUGAUAGCUUAAAAAAAAAAAUUAACCCCUCGAUAUUUGUGAUGGAAGUUUGAAUUGAAGCCUGCAUAAUUUGAUUGA